UAACAAUUUCCUAACCUAAUUAAAAUUGUAACUUUAUUUUAAUAUUCCCUUCUAAAUUACAAGAAAAUUAUGAAAAAAUAGAAAUCACUGGUAGAACUUCGAACUUACACCUAGUGCUAGUAAAAAUUGUAAAGAAGUCUUCGAUUUGACAGUUAAUUGAUAUUAUCUAUUUGUUACAAAUUACUUUAAUUUUGAGUUAUUUAUCAUAAAAUUAGCCUAUUAUUUAGUGUCUAAUGAAAUUAACUUCCAUUUCGUAGUAAUUUCAAAGUGUUCCAUGUCAUAUCAAGUUAUGUACCAAUACAAUCACCUAGUACUUGGUCCAAGCAGUUGUUAUAAAAUAUGUGCGACGCACCCUGCGAUAGGAGUGUCACCGUAAUAUCUCACUGACUAAAGUUGUUCCAGGUGCAAAUGAUGUCUGCUGUGAGUGGUGAGCCGAUGCUGCGACGUGUGAAGCAAGAGGCGGAGCCCCCGCCGCAGUACCCCACGCCGGAGCCCCAGCCCACACACACGCAGCCGCUGCACCGGCCACUGCAGAUCAUGCAACCGUCCGAGCUGGAUCUCGAACCGAAAGAGGAAGUGAAAUAUUGCGUCUCCCCCGGGGACGGGGCUAUAGUAGGGAACAACAGUCCAGAACAGCAGCACUGCUCGUCCACCACGGUUGCAGCGGCCACCGGGACCAGAGACGAUGACACCCACAGGCGCGUGUGCCUCGUCUGCGGGGAUGUCGCUUCAGGGUUCCACUACGGUGUUGCCAGCUGCGAGGCGUGCAAAGCAUUCUUCAAAAGGACGAUACAGGGCAACAUAGAAUACACGUGCCCGGCGUCGAACGAGUGCGAGAUUAACAAGCGGCGGCGGAAGGCGUGCCAGGCGUGCCGGUUUCGCAAGUGUCUGCGUAUGGGGAUGCUGCGUGAGGGCGUGCGCCUGGACCGAGUUCGCGGCGGACGACAGAAGUACCGCCGCCCGCCAGACGCCGCGCACCACGCGCCCAGACCUCACCUCGACGACAUCAAGGUAUUAGAGGCUCUCACCUCGUACGAGCCAGAGCUGAUGAGUUGUUCACCGCCGCCGGCCGGCGUCACAGAGACCAACGCCAGGACCCUCGCGUUGCUGGCGGACCUCUACGAUAGGGAGCUGGUGGGAGUCAUAGGAUGGGCCAAGCAGAUACCGGGCUUCACUGACUUACAGCUUAACGAUCAGAUGCGCCUGUUACAAAGUACGUGGGCGGAGAUGCUGAGCUUGAUGCUGGCAUAUCGUUCCAUGUCCGGUGGUGGUCCGCUACGACUGCGCUUCGCUUCAGAUCUCACGCUCGACGAACAGCAGGCGAGGGACAUCGGGGCCCAUAACCUUUUCGCACAGGUGGCCGGCGUGACGAAGCGGCUGGAGAGCGCGACCGCGAUGCGCGAGGAGUGCUACCUGCUGAAGGCGCUGGCGCUCGCCAACUCGGAGGCGCGCAUCGACGAGCACGCCGCGCUGCGCAGGUUCCGGGAUUCGAUCCUCGCCGCGCUAAACGACGCGGUCUCCGUGCUCAGGCCGUACAACGCGAAUGCAGCGCUGCAGCAGCUGCUGUUAGUGUUGCCAGCGCUGCGGCACGCCGACGUAGCCGUCCGCCGCUUCUGGUCGGCCGUACACCGCGACCGUCGCGCUCCCAUGAACAAGCUAUUCAUAGAGAUGCUCGAAGCCAGUCUGCGGUAGGCCUAAAUGCAUCCAGACGAAUUGAGUGAGCAAAAUUAGUGUAACACGCGGAACUGAGUGAGCUGAAUUAAUGUAAUACGCGGAACUGAGUGAGCGGAGUUAGUGUAACACGCGGAUUUGAGUGAGCGAAUAUGUGACUAUAUAACCCGGGCGCCGGGUCGCGACUUUAUCACCAUCACAAAUGCAACAUAUCACAUUAAAUGAGUAUCAUUUGCCAUAUUAGUCUGCAUUUAAUGUUUCCGCGUUCUUAAGUUGUGUGAAUGUGUAUUUAACCGGACUAUUUUUAUGGCUGUGAGUGGCAGGCGAUCAGUGCAGCGGCUUAUGUCAUUAUGUAAACUAAUCUUGAGUAUUAGUUCGUGACUCUCUUGUAAAGUUCUUCGUUCUUUUAGUUCAUGAUUCAGAGCCGAUAUGGUAUAUAUAUUGUUCUGUAUAAUUAAGAUUUCUAUAGUAUUUUAUCCAACGAACUAAAGAGCGAAGAUCUGCCAACUAGUCACAGAACUACACGAGACUACAGUAACGUUUACGUAAUAGAAAUAGUCGCGUCCCCGCGCCAUUAAUGUACAAAACAAUGGACAUAUGUAGUACAAACUCGUUACUAUUUUUGUAUAUUAUUAAAAAAAUAUAUCUAGUUUUACUGUGCGGUAUGGUUUGAGAUUAGUACGGUCGUGGGAAUGGUCAGCUGUUCAAUUCACACUAACAAGUUAGACUGCACAUACUGGAUGGUUAAUCAGCAGGUCUACUUUGGUGUCUAAUUUCAAGAUCCAUUUCAAUCCAAAUCAGUAUUGCAUCAAUCAUUUGAAACGUAAACUAAAUAAUAUCAGUUAGUACAAUAAUUAAGUAUAAAAUAAGGAAUUAAUAUGUGGCCAAUU